AUGGGUAUCGUCAGAGUUUCCGGUCGCCGGUGGAGACUAGCAGCGGACGGUGAGGAUGGCACCGCGCAAAGUGAGACGGCGCAGCUGACGGAGGGCGAGACUCUUUCUUUUGGCAUUCUCGCCGACCCGCAGCUGGGCGCGCUAAAACAAAACAAAGAGUGGACUGAGGAGCUGGAUCGGCUGCGGCAGGGCAUUGCCGAGAUACGUCAACAGAAUCCGGCUUUCAUCAUCGUCCUCGGUGACCUAGUCCAAGCGUUUCCAUCGAAUGAGGCAGAACGGCCGCAGAGAGAGCUCGAGACGAAAGACCUGCGUGAGGCGCUCCAGUCUUUGUCAGGAGACAUCCCUGUCUUGAUUGUCUCCGGCAACCACGACCUGGGCAACGCGCCUACGCGCGAACACCUCGAAGAGUUUCAGAGAGACUGGGGAAACGACUAUUACGCACUCGACCUCGGGCUCUGCCGCGGCGUCGUUCUAAACUCCUCACUCUUCUUCAACCCGUCCAACGCGCCCGAAGAAGCGGAGGCACAGUUUGAGUGGCUCAAGGAACAGCUGGAUGAAGCGCAGGCGGAAGGCAAGCGCGUUCUGCUUUUUAUGCACCACGCAUUUUUCUGGAGCAACUGGGACGAGUCGGAGGAUCUUGGACUUCUGCGUAUCGAACCGCUGAAUCUGGAUUGCCCGAAAAGUCAUUUUCACAUUCCGAAACCGCAGAGGGACAGGUUGCGCGACCUCAUUCGCAACUCCACCGUCUCAUACUCGUUCCAUGGUCACCUACAUGACAACGUGGUGCUUCACGGAAGCGACCCCUUCAUUGAGCAAGUCGUCACCUCUGCGAUCGGAUAUCCUCUGGGAGCGGCCCCGGCAGGAUUUAGGAUGGUUCAUGUUACGGCAACAGGAGAGGUGCAACACAGGUUUGUUGCUCUUUCGGAGGGCACAUCACCGCGUUACGGAUUUGCGAGGUCAUAG